AUGAAGCAGAAGGAGAAUUGUAAGGAUUUAACAAGCUUCGACGUUGCGUCAAUGAGACUAGAAGAAACGAAAAUGUCAUCAACAUCAAAUUUAGCAAAAUUAUCGGUGGUGCAGCUAAGAGCAAAACUGAAAUCUCGUGGACUGUCUACGAGUGGAACUAAAAUUGAGCUUAUUGAACGACUCAAUGAAAGUAUUCUUGUCGAAGAAAAAAUACUUAAUUCAGAUGAAAGUGGAAAGGAUAUUACAGAUGAAGAAGCAGUACUCAACGAUUCUACAAGCGUUAAUGAAGAUGAAGUACUCGGUUUGACAGGUCCUAUGAUUGCAGAUAUUGAAGUGGAAAACAGUGUACUUGAAACAAAAAAAGGCAGUGAAAGUAUUUCCGAAGAAGUCUCAAAAUCUAAGAAAAAUUUGGACGAUGAAACAAUAGAUGCGAAAAUGAAAAGAGCUCUGAGAUUUGGAUUACCUUUUUCCAGUGAACAACUUAAACAAAAAAGAGCAGAAAGGCUAUUUUUUAUUCAUGUCCAUUAUUUCUGUCUAUUUAUUUCUAUCUAUUUUCUUCUUAGUUUUCAUAUUGAAAUAUUUAGAUUUGGUUUGAAAGACCAGUUAUCGCCUGAAGAAAAAAAACGAUCGAGAGCUGAAAGGUUUGGUAUAACAAAUAUUUCAUCGGUUGGAAAUUUAGAAACAACAAAAGAAAUUCUGGAGAAGAGAGCUGCAAGGUUCGGUCUUCCGAUUCAGAAAGGAGGUAAUUCAAAAUUCUUGGUUGAACCACCUUCUGCUGAGGUUCUCGCUAAGAGAGCUAAACGAUUUGGUGUCUCAUCGGAGAAGGCAGAGAUUUCUUUCGGAAAUUUUUUACAUGGCGAUAUGGAAAUAAAUUGUGAAAUCGAUGUUUUGCGAAGCAUUUUUGGUGAUGAAUUGCUCGUCAAGAAAGAAAUGUCCAACGAGUCUAAUAUAACCAUACUUCAAAUGAUUGUGAAAGGAGUCGGUAUUGACGAAUUGGAAAACGUUGGUCCAUCAGCAACGCUUUUAGUUGACAUUAUUAUUCACCCUGAGUAUCCAGAAAAAUCACCUGAAGUGCGUCUUCUUCAACCAAGACGUAUUGAUGAAAAGCAUUUAAGGAUUCUCGAAAGUAAUAUUUGUGAAUUAUUGAAGGACUAUCGGGGUACUGCUGUUUUGUAUAGUAUUUUCCAGAUGGUGAAAGAUUAUAUAACGGAUCGCAAUGUUUCCCCAUCAGUGUUGUGUCCUAUUUGUUUGAAUGGAUUCGAAGAAAAGUCUUCAGCGAUCUUCAGUACAUUUUGUGAUCAUGAUAUUCAUUCAUAUUGUUUUUUUAAAUACGUCGACUAUUGUCGGCGCGAUAUUGCUCGUCAGCUAAAAGAUUGGCCUGUUGAUAUGGGACAUAAGGUUGACCAAAGAAUAAAAUGUCCAGUAUGUCGACUGGAAUUGCCUAAAAAUGACUUAAUGGCCGCUGAAAAAUUUGUGGAUGUUUCUGAUGAUCCUUUCAAGAAGUGUGAUGAUAAUUAUACGUUCGACUGGGAAAAAUGGAGAGAAUUUCGAGAGAAAUUGAAUGUUAUAUAUGAAAAGCAACGCCUGAAUGGUGGUUUAAUUGAAAGCGGAAUAACACGUCGUCAUCGCGUUAUCUCUGGAGAAAAUCUUAUUCAGUGA